UCCGUAGUAUAACAGCUAUUCUCCUCUUACUGUUUUAGCGUACGAGUACAAAGAAGGUUUAUGUUUAGUGAGGUAGGAGGAAGACAUGACAAAGCACAAUAUAAUUGUCUGUUGCCUUGCUGAUGAAAUCAAUGCUCUAAAUCAGUAAAAAUUGUCUCCUUUAGGCUUAUUCUAACUGUUAGCAACAGAGGUCUCACAAUGGGCAAUACAUGCAUCUUGCAACAAGCCUGUAUUAAAAGCAAACCCACGUAUCUUCUUCCUAGCUGUAAUUUUCUUCUGCAAGGAGCUGAAACCCAAGCAGAACAUACAUACUACACUUCAUUAAAGUGGACUGCCCAAGUUUCUAGUGAGAUAGCUCUAAAGCAGCAACUCCAUGAACCAAGCGUUCAGCAGCAGUGUUGUGUCUGCAUGCUACAGACAAACAUUUGGUCUCGCACCAGGUACCUUGAUCUCACAGCUCUUUUUUUCUGAUGUGAGGGUUUUGUUUUGCUUCCCCCUCAGCAAAAAAUAACUGUAGCACUGCACUAAGAGCAGUAACAUACAACUUCUUAUUACCGUACUGGAAAAAAUGGAAGUUUCCUUCCCAAGGAUACUUAGAAGUUCUCAGUUCUUUAACACAGAUCUCCUCACAAGGAGCACUGCUCCAGGAUGAAGAGGCACUGGAUUAUUCAUAAUUUCUCACAUAGAAGUUAGGGCUUCUGACUACCUUACUAACCACUUCUUUUUGAUGGAGCGAAGAGCCACCCAGAUGAGGCUUUUUAAAGCACCACAGUGAACUUUCCUACACAACCUCAUUUCAGGUUAAUGAAUUCAGAGACGUGUGUGACGUGAGCAGUGUUCUUCCCCUCGUCUGCCAUGUGCUAUGCAUUAAAGCCUCAUUUUAAUUUGCUAUUCUAUCAUCCAAUCAAUAGCACUAUAAAGGUCCCUUUGCAAUUUUUCAAAGUUAAACCUCAUCUUUACUACUCUCAUGAUUUUCAUGAGCAAAAAGUUUUACACCUUCACAUUUUUUCCAGACCGUUUAGGUUACACAGCACAAGCAUUUGCUUAGAUUUGCUGUACAAUUCCAAUGACCAUUUCUUUCUACCUAUCUACUCACACCUAAUCUUCCAGCCAACUAUUUCUCCCUGCAGAGACCUUUCCUCUUUACUCUGUGACAGUUUAAUUCUUUCAAGAGCAUUGUGAGAGCAUCACAGAUGCCUUCCAAAAGCCUAAGGAAAUCACACCAUUGUCCACACAUUCUCUGCUCCAAAGAGCUCCAAACAAAUUUAUGAGACACUGCAUGCAUUUCUGCAGCGCUUGCAUAUUAUCCACUACUUUUCAUUUUUACAGCAGCUUAUACCAGUUUGCCCAGUAUUGUAGAAAGCUCUUGACAAGCAGAAAAAUCCUUAAGAACAACUGAAUACGUUGUGCCAGAGUGCACGCAUUACAUCAGCUCAGCAGCUAGUGAAUCAUCACACUUGUGCCUAUCUGGGAACAGAGGAACUUCUCUCAGAUGUGACAACUGACAAGCUAUUAUAUGUCACAACGUCUAAAGGGACAAACCUGAGGAUGUAAAAUAUUCUUCACUGGCAAAUGAAAAUAACACAAUUCUAUUCCAUCUUUUGAAACACAGACACGGACAUGGGAAACCAGAACUCAAAACCAGAACCUUCAGUUAUGUCACUGCUACAAUCAGAAAGACUUUUUUCCCAGCUUUGUGACUUCUCACCCUGACUUGUUAAGGCCACUUCACCAAUAGGGAGCAAUUACCGUGUAAGCUUCAGAGCACCUUUAUUCCUUCAUUCUUUUAUAUAUAAUGGAAAGGUAACAGAAUAAAGGAUGACCUACAGAAGGCUAAAGCUACCAAGGACAGAUAAGCAAAACCUGUAGAUGAAUUGUGCUGCUGUUCCAAUUAAAAAUUAAAAUACAUUGCAUAGUUCUUUCCUAGGAAGUUUAAACUCAUAAUGAGAUUAUAUGUGAUGAAAAAAAAAAAAACCUACAACAAAACAAGAAGAAAAAAACCCUCUACAGCUCUCAGAUCAAUUUAAAUGAAUCAUAUCCAGCCUGAAAUUCAUAAGUCUAUGGAGUUUCUGGAUUCUCAUGAUUUUUCUCCUCCCUUUUAAUCGCUGUUGGCAGCUUUAAUCAUAGCACUUGGAUAUCGUUACGUGGUUAGCACUAAGAGCCUCCAUGUAUUUUUCUCUAUAAUCUCUUUGCUUUCCCUUUCUAAGUGUUUGUCAAACAAAACUCAUUAAACAAAGUAGUCCUUUAUUCUCUGGUAGAUGGAACUAAGAGAGGGAACAAACAACAGUACUGCACUUGCUGUAGAGAAGAGAAAAAACAACUCUCCAAGAAAUUUUUUUAAUGCAUGCCAAUGCAGUUUUAUAUGAGGAGAAGGGUCAGUUCCAUUCAAGAGAAACCCUAUAUUUCCAGGACAUCGACAGCGAAGAAAGCAUCUCAGACCUCACAUCCAGCACCAGCUCCAGCCUUGGCUACGAAGCUACCAACCAGUUGCACGCAUUUACAAGAGAGAAGCGGGCAGACAAAAGGGGACAGCAGAUAACCAUGGCAUCAGCUGGUCUGCAGUUCUUUGCUUUUAUGCUGGCUUUGUUUGGCGUUUUUGGAAACAUCGCAGCCACCUUGCUACCGAACUGGAAGGUUAAUGCAGAUGUUGGUUCCAACAUCAUAACGGCUAUAACACAGAUGCAAGGACUGUGGAUGGACUGCACGUGGUACAGCACCGGGAUGUUCAGCUGUACCCUGAAAUACUCUGUUCUGUCUCUCCCCGUCUACAUCCAGACUGCACGAACCACCAUGGUACUGUCUUGCAUCCUAUCAGCCUUUGGGAUCUGCAUUACUACAGUUGGGAUGAAAUGCACAAAGUUGGGAGGGGACACCGACAGCAAAAGUCACACUUGUUUUGCUGGAGGAGUCUGCUUCAUUCUCGCAGGAAUUUUUGGAUUAGUACCAACAUCUUGGUACACGAGAGAAAUCAUUUCCAAUUUUCUGGACCAGACCAUUCCAGAGAGCAGCAAACAUGAACCGGGAGGAGCCGUUUAUAUAGGAUUCAUUUCAGCAGGGUUUCUGCUUGUUGCAGGUGCGAUUUUCUGCACUUCCUGCUUUAAAAAGCAGCAAGGAGCACGGAUUUAUCCUCCAAAGCAGCAGCAUCUCCCAUCCGCAAUGCACGAGAGCAAUGCAGGUUACAACCUGAAGGACUACGUGUAAACACAGUUGUUUCUAUCCACUGAGGAUCUUUUUUAUUGCUAAGUGUACUCUGAUUACUUUAAAGAAUGUAUAAAACAAAUUUUCUUCCAUCUGGGCUGUAAUUAUAUUUACAUAAUGUAUUUUCUUAGUGGUAUCAGCAAAAAGAACAGGAUAGGAAACAAUGCUUGAGUCUGCUGCAGAAGUUCUUUUUUGAUUGACUUUUCAAACCAUUCUCUUUGACUUUCCUAGUAAGGUUUACUGAAGAAAAAUAAAUUAUUGCAGCAUAAGCAACAGUACAUGUAAUGUACUGACAGCUUGUUACAGCAAAGAUGCUUCUAUUUAGUAAAUCAGGCUACUGGUAACAGAACGCUCUAUAUGGUAUUUUACCUUUUUCUUUUUAAUUAUGAUGUAAGGAAAAGACCCAACCGUUCUAUGUCCAAGAAGCCCAAUUCAACAGUUUUUAAGUAAUGGACACAUCUGCCUUUCAUUUUCUGUUCUAAGUUGUAACUAGAUUUCCUAAGCAACAACAAUAAAGGGCAAAAAAAAAAAUAAAUCACCCAAUACAAAAAAAAAACACCAACAACCAAACCAACAAUAAAAAACUGUACUCUCAACCUUAGCUGCACAGCAUUUGCCUAUCAGGAAGGUAUCAUUCAGAUGUUGCCAAAAAUGUCUCUCACCCCCUGAACCGCCACCUGCUGUGGAUUUCAUUUAUUAUUGUUAAUCAAAUGCCGGUUGGGCACUCUCCAGCUGCUCAUCUAUCACCACACAAUCAGUGUUAGAUGCGAGGAGCAACACAACUGAAAUGUAACUGUGACUACGAAAACGUCUGCAAACUGUAAUGUGGGAUACAAACUAUUCAUCUGUUUACAUGAAAAAUCUGGAAGCAUUUGGCUUACAGCUACCAUUUACUGCCUUGAAUUUUUCCGGCCUUCUAAAAGAACCUUCUAGGUGCUUUUAAUUAUUCCACCAAGGUAUGUUUCAGGCCCACUCCCAGGCAUCUUAUUAGCAUAAAAUGUAACAUAUAACGGUGAUAAAGAGAACGCUACUACGCUUAAAUGUAUUUGUUAACUCUUUUAUUUUGAUCUCUUAUCUUAGACCCUUUAACCUCUUCUUUCAACGAACAGAUUUUGUUUCUCAUUGGUCAUUGGCAGAAGAUGUCCUACUUAAACAUUUCACUGAAUGAGAGUCAGACCGAUGCCCAUUUGUUAGCACAGGUAAGAGGAUAUGAUGCAGGCCCUUAAAUUUAGGACUAUUACAAUGCUGGACAAGUCUUUCAACAAAAGCAACUGCUAUUUCUUUUGUACGUUUAUAUGCAACUUUCAGUUCUCAUGUUAUUACCUCCAAAUUCACAAGAACAGUAUAAAGUGAUCAUAACAUUAUCUAUGGAAUUAAUGCGUUGGAAAAAAUAAAUCUUCUGUCACAGCAUUUUAGAAAGUCAAACGCUUUAUACCUAAUAACAUAAAAAGUCUUUGUUCUAGCAUCUGCAUUCUCUGAAAGAAACUUCAAACUUCAUCUUGCUUUUAUUACAGCUAUUACGUAGCCAUUCUGAGUUUCUUAUCUAUUCAUCAGGGAGCUUCCUUUGUACUAUUCCUAUAACUUUUAUCAGCAGUUACUUAGUACUGCGGAGACAUAACUGAGCAAAAAGCCAAUUUUCCUUUGCUUAAGACAGAAUGCUGUGCAGCACCAUCUUGUUCCUUAAGACAGAAGCCCAUUAUGACUCAACAUCCAUAGGUAUUGUUAAACUAUUAUUCAUUCACUGAGCAAAUGAGGUAAACAACUCGUUUCCAGAAACCAUUCUUCUCCACCUUUUGAAUGGGGGCCUGACAUGACACUAUGCUGCGAUCACUGCUAACGCAUGUGAAUGAAAUCUAAAACAGGAACCAAAGACGUUUUUACAUAAGAAAGAUGUAGUAAUUGUAAACUCCAAGCAAAAUGAAAUAUUCUUCAGUUAUACAAGCAGCACAUUUUUCUUUUUAAAACUUCACACAGAAGUACCUGAACUUGUUUGGACACCAAUGAAAUAAAAAUCAAGCACUGCAUUAUUCACAACAGCUGCAAGAGCUUUCCAAGGAGGCAAAGGUUCUACCAGCAACAGUAACACCUCAAACCAUGUCAGUCCACCCCAAAAAGAAAUGAACAAAACAGAAGAUCAAGCUACAACAGGAGUUAGAAGGAAACAAAGUGUCAGGUCUGCCUGAAAAGCUUGUAUUAUCAGCCUUUGCAAUAUAAUUCAUAUUUGCUGUAAAUCAAAGAAACAUAUUCAAUAAAUACAUGUUCAAGUUUAAUGGUACUGCUUUUUUGAGAGGUACUUAUUCAACUAAGCAACAACUGAUUAUAGGAUUGGCUCAUACUGAGACAUUUGUCACACAUCCAUGAGUUCUCUCCCCCUCUCAAUCAAUUAAGGCCUAUUCAAUACAGGAAAAUGGAAAUUUUAGUUAUAGCUACCCAGUGCUGAGACACGGAUGGCACAAGAUUUUUCACUAUAGCUCUUCUAUGUUCUUGUACAGCAACCACAAAAUUGGAAUUUUGGCCUUACUGAACACUACUUCACAUACUUAACUGUCAGAUUAAAAUCAUCAAAAUAUUAAAAAAAAACAGCUAGAAAAUAGCAAAACAAAUACAAACAAAUGCAAACAAAAAUGCAAAGCAAAAAAAUUAAGUGCCAUAUGAAUGGUCAUUUUUCUUCACAACAGACUGCUGUCACAAAUAUUAAUGCAACAUGUCUGGACAGUUACUUGCUCAAAAAAAGAAUUCUAUACCAUCAUCAGAAUAUGCACAGAUAUAGGCUGUAGAAUUCACUGUAAUAGGAGAAAGCAAAUGACCUUCUAUAGGUUCUCAAGAGAUAUGCCUGAGGAGUAACAAGACCCACAGAGAGAUUGUGACAAAGGGAAAAGAUGAUUUAAUAAAGAGCCAAACCAACCAUUUUAAGACAAUCUUUCAGAAGCAGCAAAUAGAUUUCCAUGUGUACUUGGGGCAAACAGAUCCUACUUGUUGUCAUGCAAACGUUUUUACAAAAAGAAAAAGAAAAAAAAAAGAAAGAUCUGCAAUCAAAACGCAGUUUAAUUUACUCAUUCUUGUUUCCUGUAACCCUAAAGGAUGUAUUAAAAGAAUAAAAAAUAGUAGCAGGAAAUAAAAUGACAGCAAAGACACUGUUCUUCUCUCAAGAACAAACAGGAGAGAAAAAAGAUGGUUCCUUUUUUAAACAGGGAGUGGGAUGUAUGUGACUAAGUGGUACAGCAAAUAUGAGGGAGUUCAAAAUGCUGAAGAUGAGUAAGGUGAAAUGCACAGACUACAGAUGUGGUAAAAAUAGAGAUCUGUGGCAUUUGAAAAGCUUUUAUUAAUCAGGGUCUUUCAGAAGACCCAACAAAUUUUCCAGGCACGGUCUUAAACUGUCUAUAACAGAAAAUUGUAAAAUAAUUAGCUUUUCAAAGAUGCUGCAAUCCUAGCAGACUAUCCUGUCACUAAAUUUACAUCUCCAGAAACGAAACACCCAAAGAAGUACAGUGAUCUUGCAAAUAGACCUGAACAUCAAAGCCAAGUUCUCAGCAACCAGAAAGAAAAGCAUCUUCUUGAGCCAUGGAUGCUUCAUUUCAUGUGUAUCACAUCAUCAUACUUAGUAGUAUGGAGAUGCUGAAUUGAAGCACCCAACUGCUUUCCUGUCUGAAAAUCAGAUGCAUUGCCUAACUGAAAAAUUAAUAAUAAAAUCAGAAGAACAUAAC